AAGAAAAGAAAAAAGAUGUAGUAUAAAAAUCUACCAAAAAAAAAAAAAAAAAACGUAAAAAGAAAUCCGCUGUUGAGUGUUCCCAAUUUUUGGUCACUACCACUGGAAAAACCAGAAAGCUCAAGCUCAAGCUCACGGCAAUGACGGAACAGGAGGCCAAAGAUACCGAGACCCUUGUUAAAGCUGAGAGGCUAGAGUUUAGUGAUAUCGGCUCGCAGGUUAACGCUGCUAUGCGAGCUCGAAUCGCCUAUUUCAAGGAACAAUCCGACUCUUUGACUUUUGAGGGAGUUCGUAGAUUGUUAGAGAAUGACUUGGGAUUGGAGAGAUGUUCAUUAGAUGUACACAAGAGGUUAAUCAAGCAGCGUUUACAAGAGUUGUUAGAAGGUGUUGAUGAUGGUAAUGAUUCAAAGAACUGUGAGGAGAGGAGUGAAAAGGAAAGUAAUAUGGAGACUGCUGAAAAAAGUGUAGCAGGAGAUGAGCAAUGCGAAUCAACUGAAGGUCAUGAGUCAAACAUUGACGCCAGUGAAUCUUUUUCUAAAGAUGCAGAUAAAAUGAAUGAUUCACCUGUUUUAGGCCUUUUGACUGGAAAGAAAACAACCAAACUUGAAAAUAAGGAGUCUGAACAAGUCAAUGAAAAAAAGGCUCUGAGUAAAGCAACAAUAAAAAUGGCCCUUAGGAAAAGAGCUCGGUAUCUGAUAGAUAAUUCAGAGCAAGUUACACUUGCCGGACUUCGCCGGAUUUUGGAGGAAGAUCUUGAACUUGAAAAGAUGGCUCUUGAUUCCUAUAAGGAGUUUAUAAAGGACCAAGUUGAUGAGAUACUAAUUUCUUGCGAAGUGUCUCAACCAGUUACCAAUGCAAAGAAAAAUGUUGUUAAGGACUCUAAAAGAAAAGUAGCUAGAAAAACUAGAAAUGAAGAGAGUUCUGAUUCUCCGAAUAGUGGAAGUGAUGGGGAUGAAGAUCUAGUCAAACCUAAAAAGAAAUCAAUUACUAGAAAAAAGAACUCUAAUGAAUCCAAAAAAAGGAAAAAACCAACAAAGGAUACAAAUGCCUCUGGCAAGAAGAGGAUCAAGGCUAAAGAAACAAUGACAGAGGACAAUAUUGGUGCAGAAGACAAUGGGAUAGUUUCUGAAGACGAUCAUUCUCAAUCAUCUGCUGACAAAUCUACAAAGAAGAAAGUGGUGUCAGCUUCUGCACCUGCAUAUGGAAAGCGUGUGGAAAGUCUAAAAUCCGUUAUCAAAGCAUGUGGGAUGAGUGUUCCUCCCAUAGUUUACAAGAAAGCCAAGCAGGUGUCUGAAAACAAACGUGAAUCGUAUCUAGAAAAGGAGUUAGAGGAGAUGCUGUCUAAAGAAGGAUUGUCUGCCAAUUCCUCUGAAAAAGAAAUCAAGGAAGUAAGAAAGAAAAAGGAAAGAGCAAAAGAACUUGAGGGCAUUGAUAUGAGCAAUAUUGUAUCUAGUACUCGCAGAAGGUCGACAACCAGUUUUGUACCUCCUCCAAGGCCCAAAAUACCAGUUGAAAAUGAUGGUGACAACUCUGAAGAAGAUGAAGAUGACAAUGACGAUGAGGAUGACGAUGAUGGUGAUAGUGAUGAGGACAUCCAGAGUGAAGAGUCUAAUGAGGAUAAUGAUGGGAACAGUGAUUGAAUUUUCAUCUAUUGGAAGAUUACUUAUAUAGGAGCCUCAGUGAUAGUCAUACUAGUGUACAAUAAGUUUUCCCUUUAGCAAUUUUGUACUAUAUAUGUCAUCAAGAGUCUGCUUUUGGGUUUAGGAAUGAACAGGUAGUGGCAUUCCAACUCAAUCGGUAUACUAUCUAUUGGUUAGCUAUGUAGGAAAGCAGUAAAAAUAUUUAGUAGUAUGGGUGUGUUUAAGUAUAAUAUAUUAUUAAGGCAUUCGGUAAUUGCUAGCCAUGUUUUCACUUACUGGUGCUUCUUUUACUUCUGUAAGCUUUAUUUGACAUUGAAACCAAACCCAUUCGAUUUACAGGGUCUUAAGAUUUUUAAUGAAUAUUUUGUGUUUAAUACA